AUGGACAGGUCUAAUCAGACCUCCCCGAUGCUGGGGUUCAUUCUCCUGGGCCUCUCAGCCCACCUGAAGCUGGAGAAAACGUUCUUUGUGCUCAUCCUGCUGAUGUACCUGCUGAUCCUGCUGGGAAACGGGGUCCUCGUCCUGGUGACCGUGUCUGACUCCCGCCUGCACACGCCCAUGUACUUCUUCCUGGGGAACCUCUCCUUCCUCGACAUCUGCUACACGACCUCCUCUGUCCCCCUCAUUCUUGACAGCUUCCUUACUCCCAGGAAAACCAUCUCCUUCUCGGGCUGUGUCAUGCAGAUGUUCCUCUCCUUUGCCAUGGGAGCCACAGAGUGUGUGUUUCUGGGCAUGAUGGUGUUUGACCGCUACGUGGCCAUCUGCAACCCCCUGAGGUACCCUAGGGUCAUGAGCAAGGCUGCCUACGUGCCCAUGGCUGCUGGCUCCUGGGCAGCUGGAAGCACCACUGCCAUGGUGCAGACAUCCCUAGCAAUGCAACUACCCUUCUGUGGGGACAAUAUCAUCAACCACUUCACCUGUGAGAUCCUGGCUGUCCUGAAGUUGGCUUGUGCUGAUAUCUCCAUCAAUGUGAUCAGCAUGGUUGUGGCCAAUGUGAUUUUCUUGGGGGUCCCUGUGCUGCUCAUCUCUUUCUCCUAUGUGUUCAUCAUUGCUACCAUUUUGAAGAUCCCUUCAGCUGAGGGGAGGAAAAAGGCCUUCUCCACCUGCUCUGCCCACCUCACAGUCAUGGUCGUCUUCUAUGGGACCAUCCUCUUCAUGUAUGGGAAGCCCAAAUCCAGGGACCCUCUGGGAGUAGACAAACAAGGCCUUGCAGACAAGCUCACCUCCCUCUUUUAUGGGAUGGUAACCCCCAUGCUCAACCCCAUCAUCUACAGCCUCAGGAACAAGGACAGGAAGACUGCUGUGAGGAAUCUGCUGACUCAAAAACACUUCACCUGGUGA